AUGAAGGGGGGCACAGUAAAAUCAUUUUUGCGGGACCCCAUAAGACAAGACGUUCUAAACUGUGUGGCCCCUUACGUUUCAGUAAAAAAUGUUACUGAAUGUGUUGAGCAGCUUUAUUUUAAAAAUUUACUAAACACAUAUUUAAGUGAGUUCCAUAAAGAAAAGAUAACUUCAUCCCAUUGGCUCUCUACAGUACCGAUGAAUCUCCGUGGUAAUCUGGAAGAAGUGGUGAACUAUUUGGGCAUGUUGAUUGCGAUAGACUUUCGCCAUUGGGGAGAGCGGGGUGCUAAUGAUAUGUAUGGUGAGACGCAGACACCGGUGGGAUCCCGUGUGGCUGAUUUCUGUGGAUUUUACGUCACAAUGCCGGUGGGAGAAGAAGACGCGCAUGCCGAAAAGGGCGUUGGUGUUGGCGGUGGAAGACUGCUGCGGGGAUCAGCAGCGAUGGUGUAUUUACUACGGCGAGCAGUGGAAGAGGAAGGGGUGUACUGGCACCGGCCGGAGGUGCUUUUGUUGAGAGAUUUAAAAGAAGAAGAAGAAAAAGAAAAGAGAAGAGAAACGCUGCGUUAUUCUUGUUUUCUCGGCCACGCUGGAGAUGAGGCAGAGACACCAAUGUGGAUGCCUGCCACUCACACGCGUAUAGGAAUUCUUGUUGAUAUCGCCCAUGAGUUGCAGCAACAGGGGGAUUCAUUCUAUGGUAUCUGGUGUCGCAGUCAAGGGUAUCUCUAUCACCCUGAUACACCAUCACGUGGUUUUCUGGCCCAACUCAUCCAUUUACAUCCACGAUAUAAAGACAUUUGUAUUUUGCAGAGGGGGAAUACAAAUAAUAGUGAAACUAUUAUAGAGGUUCCUGUGUUAAAACUUGCUCAACUCACGGCGUUGGCAAUUGAUGAUGUGAUUACUCACAUGUGUGAUUCCAUUGUACAAUCUCAAAAAUAUGACUUUCCAAUUCCUGAGUUUGGAGCCUUCCAUGAUAGGGAUAAACUUACAGUUUGCUGUGACUAUCAAAUACCAAAGGCACUUCGUUUACUUGGAAUGAUUGAGUACAAUACAUAUUUAGCUAACCUUGUAGACGAAGGAAUACUUUUAGCACCAGGUGGCAUUGAGGAGACAUCCAUUCGUGUGGCUGCACUAGUAGCAUCAGAAAUGCUCUUGGAAUAUCUUCAGAACAAGAUGAGAACAGUGCAAGGUGAAGAAAACCGUUCAGUAAAGUGGGAUAGUCCGAUGGUUGACCAUCUGCUAUGGUGGAUUGGUAGGCAUCAUGCAGAUCCAUCGGUUAGACAUCAUCUGUGCUCUACUAUCAUGUACUGA